AUGCUCGUCGAACACGCUGUCCAGUGGAUGUGGAGGGCCAUGGGUGGGUCCAGGCUCGAUGUUCUCUACACCCUUCUUGUGUUCCUGGCGGUCCUCGUCGCCGUCAGGUGCGCGCAGUGGAUCCGGUGCCUCAGGUCCCUGCCCCCUGGCCCUUGGGGUAUCCCCGUCUUCGGGUAUCUGCCGUUCCUCAAGGGCGACGUGCACCUGCAGUUCGGGGAGCUCGCCAAGAGGUACGGCUCCAUGUUCAGCGCAAGGUUGGGCACUCAGCUGAUCGUCGUCCUCAGCGACUAUCGCACCAUCAGGGACACCUUCCGCAGGGAGGAGUUCUCCGGCAGGCCCCACACCGAGUUCAUCAACAUCCUCGGUGGCUAUGGUAUCAUCAACACCGAGGGUGCCAUGUGGAAGGACCAGAGGAGGUUCCUUCAUGAUAAACUCCGAAGCUUCGGGAUGACGUACAUGGGCGCUGGGAAGAAGAUCAUGGAGUCCAGAAUCAUGAGAGAAGUAGAGACGUUCCUUCGAGGUCUGUCACUGCGUCGAGGGGCUCCAACCGACGUGUCUCCGUCUUUGGGCAUGUCCAUCAGCAACGUCAUCUGCUCCAUCAUCAUGGGCGUCAGGUUCCACCACGGGGACACCAGGUUCAAGCGUUUCAUGGACCUCAUCGAAGAAGGCUUCAAGCUGUUCGGCAGCAUCGUGGCUGUAAACUUCAUCCCGGCGAUGAGGUACCUCCCCUGCCUGCAGCGUGUCAGGAACAAGAUCUCGGAAAACCGCGCGGAAAUGGCGGACUUCUUUCAAGAAACGGUCGACCAGCACCGCGCGACCUUCGACGAGAGCAACAUCCGCGACCUGGUGGACGCGUAUCUCCUGGAGAUCCAGAAAGCCAAGGCCGAAGGUCGCGAGGCUCUCCUCUUCCAGGGAAAAAAUCACGACCGACAGAUGCAACAGAUCCUGGGUGACCUCUUUUCCGCGGGAAUGGAGACCGUAAAGACUACCUUGGAGUGGGCGGUGAUCUUGAUGUUGCACCAUCCGGAAGCUGCGAAGGCCGUCCAGGAAGAGCUGGACCAGGUGGUAGGACGAUCGAGGAUGCCGGCAUUAGAAGACCUGCCAUUCCUCCCGGUCACCGAGGCGACGAUCCUGGAGGUCCUGCGACGAUCCAGCAUCGUCCCUCUGGGAACCACCCACGCGACCACACGCGACGUGACGUUGAACGGAUUCACGAUACCGGCAGGGUCGCAGGUGGUGCCUCUUCUGCACGCCGUCCACAUGGACCCCGAGCUCUGGACGGAACCCGAGGAGUUUCGUCCAGCUCGGUUCCUCUCCGCCGAGGGGAAGGUCUGCAAGCCGGAGUACUUCAUGCCCUUCGGGGUUGGGAGGCGCAUGUGUCUGGGGGACGUCCUGGCGCGCAUGGAACUGUUCCUCUUCUUCAGCUCGCUGGUUCACACCUUCGACUUGCGGUCUCCAGAAGGCGCAGAACUGCCCAGUCUGCGUGGGAACGCAGGUGUGACGGUCACGCCUGACCCGUUCAAGGUGUGCCUGCUUCCGCGCAACCUGGAGCCUGGCCACGAUCUGCUGGACCCCUGCCCAGAGAGCAGCGGCCCCCUCAGGAACGUCGGCAGCCAUUGA